UCCCUCCCCCCCCGGUCCUCUAUGCUCAGUUCGGUGUGUGUAUCCUCUUUUAAAGGGCGCAAGGGUGGGAACAAGUCGUCCAACAAAGCAUGUUACAGCGCAGACAUGACUUGUCCGUCGGAAAGCGAGAAGAUCGUGAUAAACUGCGGCGGGGUGCGGCAUGAGACCUACCGGAGCACCCUAAAGACGCUGCCCGGCACCCGCCUGUCGUGGCUCACCGAGCCGGACGCGUUCAGCAACUUCGACUACGACCCCAAACUCGACGAGUUCUUCUUCGACCGCCACCCGUCGGUGUUCUCCUUCAUCCUCAACUACUACCGCACCGGGAAGUUGCACUGUCCCAACGAUGUGUGCGGGCCCCUGUUCGAGGAGGAGCUCGCCUUCUGGGGCAUCGACGAGACGGACGUGGAGGCGUGCUGCUGGAUGAACUACCGGCAGCACCGGGACGCGGAGGAGGCGCUGGACAGCUUCGAGACGCCGGAGCCGGACGCGCCGGACGACGACCCGGCGCUGGGCGGCGCGGACGGGGACUUGAAAAGACUGUGCAUGCAGGAGGACGCGCGCAAGGCAGGGUGGUGGAAAACCUGGCAGCCGAAAAUAUGGGCGCUCUUUGAGGACCCGUAUUCCUCCAAAUAUGCCCGGUAUGUGGCAUUUGGCUCCCUAUUCUUCAUCCUCAUCUCCAUCUCCACUUUCUGCAUGGAGACGCAUGAGGCCUUCAACACCAUCCUCAAGAAGACAGAGAACGUCACGGUGGGCAACACGACCCGUGAGGAGAUUGUAUACGAGGUGGUGACUGACAGCUGGUUGACAUACGUGGAGGGUGUGUGUGUCAUCUGGUUCACCAUUGAGGUCCUGCUGCGAGUCACCUUCUGCCCAGAUAAGUUGGAGUUCUUCAAAAGCAGCCUCAACAUCAUCGACUUUGUCGCCAUCCUGCCCUUCUACCUGGAGGUGGGCCUGAGUGGCCUGUCCUCCAAAGCUGCCAAGGAUGUCCUGGGGUUCCUCCGUGUUGUCCGAUUCGUUCGUAUCCUCCGAAUCUUCAAGCUCACUCGCCACUUUGUGGGUCUCCGUGUCCUCGGCCACACUCUUCGUGCCAGCACCAAUGAAUUCCUCCUGCUCAUCAUCUUCUUAGCCCUGGGUGUCCUCAUCUUCGCCACUAUGAUCUACUAUGCUGAGCGAAUUGGCGCAGACCCAGAUGACCCGACAGCCAGCGCCCACACCAACUUCAAGAACAUCCCCAUUGGAUUUUGGUGGGCCGUCGUGACCAUGACCACUCUGGGCUAUGGAGAUAUGUAUCCGGAGACGUGGUCAGGGAUGCUGGUGGGUGCGCUCUGUGCCUUGGCUGGUGUGCUGACCAUUGCCAUGCCUGUACCUGUCAUUGUCAACAACUUUGGCAUGUAUUACUCUCUGGCCAUGGCCAAACAAAAGCUGCCCAAAAAGAAGAACAAACAUAUCCCACGAGCACCACAACCAGGGUCCCCCAACUACUGCAAGCCAGAUGCCCUGGCAAUGGCUACUGCGUCACCGCAAAGGAUCUUGGGAAAUGUCCUAGGUGGAGUGAUGGGUUCUGGAGGCCUAGGGGGUGACUGUCCUCUUGCCCAGGAAGAAAUUAUAGAGAUUAACAGAGAUUCCAAGCAGAACGGUGAUGCAGCCUCAGCCGCUCUGGCAAACGAGGACUGCCCCACCAUCGACCAGGUACUAAGCCCAGACGAGAGGAGCCCUAUAGGGCGUGGGCCGACCCGGGAACGCUACCAGCAGGACCGCGCCUGCUUCCUGCUCAACACCAGGGAAUUCCGCGCCACAGAUGGGAAUGUGCGGAAAGAGGCAGCAGCCCUGGCACCCAGCCCAGACUCCCCUCUGACUGAGGAUUGGUAUAAGAUGGAGGGGUCCCUGCUACAGCAGGACCUCAAUGCAAACUCCACCUCCUCCUGGAUCAAACCAUAGCCCAGAGUGUUAAGUUUCUAGCAUUCACCUUCUCUCUAAUGAGGAGUCAGUAACCGGUAAACACAAAUUUGCGGCGGGAGCCACGUAAGCGGCGGGUGUGACGCGGAUGGACAGUUUAAAGGAGAUCUUUUUGGGGGUGACAAGAGAGAGAGAGAGACCAGAGGUUAAUCAUGAAUUUAUAAAUCACAUGGUCUUCUCCUCACAUUGUUACCAAAGCAGCCUCUUGGAACUCCGACCACACUUUUGACAACUGUCUGACCCUUUUUCUUUUUUCCUCCUUCUUUUUUUUGUUGUCUUUUUUCGUCUUUUUUCUGGCAAACUGACUGAGCAUUGCACUGACACACUUUGGGAGAGGAAAGGACUCCUGAUUACACAUUCCAGAUGACCACACUAUACUCGCCAUCUUGUAUGAUGACCAACUCGGUACCAUCUACAGUGCUGAACCACUGCGCAACUUCACAAAUUCCUGAAAAGAAACAAAAAAAACAAAAACACUUCACAAUGGACUGAAUGAACUAUGUAGCAUCUCUGCUAACUUAUUGUAGCAUUUGUUGGCUGGGAAAUAACUUGACGUAUUCCAUCAUCACCCGUUUUCGAAGAGAGAGGAAUUUAUGCAUACAAGGGAUCUUUUAGAUGUCAUUUUCCUCUUGGGUUCCUUUCUAGUGAAGAAAAAAAAAACAUAUAUAUAUAUAUAUAUAUAGAGAGAUAAAGUACGUGAGGGACAAGGGUUUGGUCUCACACUUGACAUUCCAAAAAAAAAAGUAAUUCCAGUGUUCAUGAAAUCAAUCACAAACGCACAGUAUCGAAUGACACUCAUACAAUUCCUCAUUCAAGUUUAGCACUUGCAUGAACUUAUGUCUUCCAUUCACUUCUAUCAGACUGAAACACUGCCCUCUUCACGAGUACCGCGAUAAUCAAAACACCACACAUGAAGCACAUGUAGCAUCAGCUCAAACAAAUCACGUAUGGCAUUCACUGUACAUCUAGACUCACCCGAAACAUGCACCCCGUGAGAGAAAUGGUGGAAGGAGACUUCUCUUUAUCUCUCAUGUACUGACGCCGGCUUGCCCAAAAGAUCCACGUGGGAUACCAAAGGUCCUGUAGCAUGCACUUGCUGGAUGACCUUCUGUAACUUGCUGUAGAUUAGGAGAUUCCACUUAGGAUGAGAUUCUGAACAAAGUCAUUCCUCGAAAAGAACAUAGUCCUUUAAAUGCCAUUAACAUUCCACCACUAUAUGCACAUUUAAAUAUUAGUAUUUUUCCCAUGGCGGACUGACACAGCGCUCAGUCUUGAGGAGCAAAAAGACUGACUCGAGGAGAACAAAAUCCUAGAGACAAUUGUUAGUCACUACUGAAUAUCCCAGGAUAUUGUUUUGCCUAAAUUACGAGGACGCCCCUAUCACAAAGGCACUUUUUUCAUGUCGCAUAAAACUGCCCAUUAGCUGGAAAGUGUGUGCUAUCAUUUCUAAAGGGACCAAUCAGAUACCCGUUCCCCCUUAACACAAAGGCCGACACUGCCAAUUAGGCACAAUAAUACUGCCCCAUCUCUCUCUUGUCCCGCUUGCUGCCAACGACUGCUUCGCCAGCAAGUCGAUGUCAAGAUAAGGAUGGCCCCCGUCCGGGGAGCCCUUAGGCAAAGGGGAAGAUGAGACGAAAUGGACCAAGAGUAGAGCGAGCGCGUUGGAAGUGUACAAAGAGAACAAAUCUAUAUUUUGAUAAACAAAUCAACUAUCCAUGGCUUUGGAGAAAAAAGUUUCUGAGCAGAAAAGAUCCAGAAUGGAAUGAUUAAAAAAAAUUUAAAAAAAAUCAGAUGCAAAUGUGAAUAGAAAAAUUGGGCAUCAUGAAAUGGAGUCGAAGUCCUGGAAAAAAAAAGGAUGGGGAGCGAUUAUUUUGUCAUGAGGGGUGGACGAAGAGAGACAAUGAGCGAUGACAGACUCUUGCCUAUGAAGACACGGGGACGACGAAUGACGGACGCUGAGAUAAACAAGUGAAAAAAGAAAAAAAAAGAUAAUGCAUUUUUGUAACUUUGUUUACCAGCAUGACUACUUUGCAUGACUGUCUUUUCUGCAAGCCCUUAGUUGAAGACAAGGGUGCUAGAGAUACAAAAAAGUAUAUAUAAAAUGAAUUUAAAAAAAUGUUAUAUGCAAUUAAUGUUUUAAAAAAGAUUAUAAUGAAAGAGAAGAGCUAUAUUUUGUUUUGAAAAGUUAAAAAAAAUGUGAAUAUUGAAACAUGUAUGUUUGCAAAGUACACCCUGAACUAUGUUUUUGUUUGAUGAAAUCUCUCUGCUACUACUGCCCUACAUUCCUCAUUCCAGUCGUUUCAAUUGUUUUACUUUGUGACGCAUUGAGCAGUAUAUUUUCUAACCAUCCAAUCAACAGCGAUCAUCGAUUCCAGACUUUGCCAAACUAUUGCAUUUUGCGCAAAGGAUGUCACAAUUCACCAUUGGUUUUUUAUUUUCCUUCCUCGAAUCAUUUGCACAACUACCGUAGCAGCAGCAGCAACAGCAGCAGUUCUAAAACAACAGCUCUCCGUACCACAACUUUGACUGCUUGAUUAGUACUCAUGGUUUGCUUUUUUUCUUUGGCAAUAAUACAAGAGUUGUCACCUGAUUGUAGCAGGGCGGAUGGAGAGCGUCCGGAGUAUCUUCAACGCCUCAGUGUUAAAAAGAGUCUUAAAGGCCUUGGAUGUCCCACGGCGGGAUUUUGCUGGAAUAGGCAGUUCUGUUCCUCCAGUCCUACGUUGAAACAUAAGGGUACGAGUGCAGGUUAUCUAAUAAGGAUCAAUAAGAGACUAUGAGAGACGUCGUACUGUAUUGGCCAACAGUCAAGAGAGAUUUCCGGUUUGCAUGGAACCAACUGCCAUUCCAAAGUCAGCGUCUGGUUUAAGGGACUCAGGUGUGUUGAUGGUGUGCGUGGAUGUAGGUGUUUUGCUAUUUUCUUUCUAACAUGAAUUAAUUCUAGUAUAUAGACGACGAUAAUGUGAACACCUCACAGUGAUGUGUAAAAAAACGCAUGCAUUAUGACUUGAUAAUCUCUCGAGGGGGACCUAUCCCCAUAGUCUUGACAUAUCCCCUUAGCCUCCUAUCAUUGUUUGUCAUGAACCCAGUCCUGAUAACUAUGAACACUGUGCCGUGUCGUAGAGCAGAAAACGUCUUCCUCCCAGAGGCAACUGAAAAACUACUCGCACUCGCGGUGUCAGCAUGAGUGUGUAAGGUAGCUCGUCUUCGUUUUUUUUAGAUGGUCAGGUCUUUGCAUCCGUUGUUACCCACGGAGUUACCGUCAUGCAGCUGGCUAGUUGGCAGCUCAUCACAGCACACAACACAGUUACGUGAGCACCAAUCAAAAAAGACCCAGAGCUUCCAAAAUGAUGUCAGUGAAGUACUUUAACUGUUGAAAAGAUGAAAAGAGGAGAGACACCAGUGUCCACCGAUGGGGAGAUUGAUGUAAAAAACAAACAGUCUUGUUAAAAAAAAAGCAUCUCGUUGUUGAGUGCUCUCCGAGCACCUCAUCCUUGGUUUGGUAUUCCAAGUGAGUUUCAGGCCCUGCUGGUUCAGGGCUCAGCUCAGGCAGCUGAAUGGUCCUCCGUCCAUUCCUGAUACAUUGCAGUUGAAGACUCACCAGUAUAUGAGACUCAAUAGUGUAAUGUAGACUACAGAGACUUCAAGUAUUGUGUUGGGUCUACGUUGGUUUUACAGGGUCUAGAACUUACUUUUGUCUAUUUGGCAAAAAAAUAGUCCGUGGGAUUUUGUUUUGGUCCUUUUUUUAAACCUCCCGAUUUCUGUUCCCGUUUUGGAAGGCAUUAAGCAACUACAGCUUGGAUGGUCACAAAGACGUUUAUGAAUAUUUCAGAGGAAAACUAGUGGCGGUGCGCACACUCGCAAAAGGUUUGUGCUUCACCCUGCAGUAUUUUUUUGUGUUUUAACGGCCAAGUACUACUGUCUUUUUCUUUCUUUGUCGCUGUUAAGUUUGCCAUCUCUUCAUUCUCUACAUCGUGACUGCUCUGCCAAUGCCAGGCUGAAAAAAAAGAUGUCUUUCCUUUUUCUAUUGCAUAAUACUGCCAUUUGAUUUAGUCAUGUUGAACAGAAUGAGUUACAAUGUCCAGAGUGCUAAGUCUGUUUUAUUUUCUCGAAGUUUGCAACCUGUGAUACCAUGUUAUACAUUUCCUCUGUAACACUCACGUAACCAAAAUAACAAAAAUUGCUUUACACGGUAAGUAGGUGCCACUGUAAACAGCUCCUAUGUGUAGUAACAAUAUUAUGACACGUCCUCCAGGUGGAAGGUGUUAUGUGGUCCUUGGAUGACACAUCCUUUCACGAUAUCAAAUGUAUUUUCUUCAUGUGCCUGUUUCUGUUCAAUACGUUAUUUUGUGUGUGUUUUAAUUGAGGACACUGUAUGCAAUCUGCACCACGAAUGCCACUGAUCGACACUUACUGUACGCUCCCUGAGACACAGACGUUCUGUCAUCAGUCCAGAUGAUUGCAACCACGUGUGUACAGUGGCUUAAUGGCUCUCCAUAGAGCAACUUAGCAAUCACACUAAUCUUUAAAUUUCUUUUUUGAUUUUAACAAAAUGAUUAAUACCAGAUUAAAUGUUAUCAUACUGAAUAGAUUUUACUAAUAUUUUUAAUACCUUAUUUUAAUUAGAAAUAAUGCGACAGACGCCAUACAAGUCAUACCGAUAUACAUACAUCUUAUAUUACAGACGAACAUCAUGCAUCCACGUAAGCAUUCCAAAGAUAAAAGAUGUGUGUUCAUUUUACAUGCCAUCAAAUUGUGUAAAACAGACUUAGGUACUAGUCCAUUGUACUGCGGUCUUAGUAGGAGAGUGAAUGGGGAGAAGAGGUGGUCACUGGAGCAUCUGGUUGUGACUUAUGCCGGAUUUUAUUUUUGAAAUGUUGGAACACAAAGAACAACCCAUUAAGAACUGUAUAAAGUAUAUUUCAAUGGAAUGUUCAUGAUCUAUCUUUUUAUAUUUUGAAGAGAAAAAAAAAAUAGAAACAUAUCAAUAAAGUGUCAUAAUUGAACUUAUUUCUACUAUUGAGACUUAAAAUGUAUGAAUGUCAAUGCGAUCUAAUGUGAACUAAUCUCCAUAGCAGCUUGAAUGAAUAACUGAUUAACAGUCAUGAGAUGCUUUUUCAGAAACAUUAAAAUUGCUUAAAAUCCCUGAAAUGAACUUAAAAUAAAUAAAAAAGUGACAUCA